AUGAGAAAAGUUCAACAUUUUUUUAAUAUACAAAGGUUUAUUGGAACUAUUGAGAGUAGAAGUAUUGAAUGUAUUGUAAAUGUGGCCGAAAGGAUGCUAAACUAUGUUGAGAAACUCACAAAAAUUCCAAAUGAAGUCAGUAAGAAAAUGAACCAAACUUUGGACUGUAGACUAGUACAAGAACUUGUCUAUAAAAUACAAGAAUAUAAGAGGUGGCUUGAAGUUAGUGGAGUAAUGGAAAUUCCUGAAGAGUAUAUUGCAGAAUAUCGUCAUCUAGCAUCAUUAGGGAUGGCAUCUGAGCAAACACAGGAAGUGGAUUCUAAAAAUACAAUUUUAGGUGUAGAACUCUCUGAUAUUACGAAUAAAGAACUUUUUAAUAAAUCCCAAAUAGUACAUGAAAACUGCGAAAAUCUAGUCAUAGAUAUCCUAUCAAUAUUAGAACAAUGCUAUAUGCUUCAAAAUCAGCUUGAUAAGCUACAAGAAACACUAAGAUUGAAAGAAAAAGAACUAAGUGAUAGAUGUCAGAGUAAGAAGAUUGUUGAUAUAUUUCUCCCUGUAAUACAGCAGUUAAGACAACAACAUGAAGAUAUUUCACAAAAUGAAGGUACAAUAGAUCAAUUACAAGAGAUGAUAAGAAAUUUUUGUACUUUACUUGAAGAAAGAAAUGAAUUAAGAUAUAGACUUGUAUAUGGUGUAGAUAAAACCUCUGAAAAUUUAAUUAUUGAAGAACCUAAGAAAGAAAAAAUAAUAGAAUCAUCUUUAAAUAAACCUGACAGUGAAAAUGUAGAUAAUUCCAAUACAGAAUUGGAUAUGGGUUUAUAUGGAAGAUUUUCUUCUGUUGCUAUAGAUCCAAAUGCAAUGAAAUUAUUUGCAAGAUGGAGUUUACCUAUUGAUUCUGUAACUGGUACUAUUAUAAAAAGAUAA